GUGUGUGUGUGUGUGUGUGUCGAAACCAGGGCUGACAUGGACCACGAUGUCGAGCAAAACUGAAGAUUGCCGGAUUGAGUGCUCUCCCGCUUCUUCUUUUUUUCCCUUUCCAGCUUUUCCUUUUGUUCUUUUCCUAUCUAAAAAGUUACCCUUUUCCUACUUCAUUUUCUCAGAUUCAUUCUCUGUCAGUUUGUUCGUGUCUGGUGUAUGUAUAAAACCGUAUUUUUUUGGUGCUUUUCUCUACUCGAGGAGGGGCGGUGGGUUUUUCGUCCAGGCCUCACACUCAAUAUUGGAUAAUUUGGAUUGAGGUCAAGGUUUUUCCCCGGCGCAUUAUUCUUCGAGGAGGGUGUUGUAUUGUUGAGUAUUGUACAUACAGUAGGAAUGUUUCGUCACUUAGUUUAGGUGUAGUAGCUCACAAUUGUUCAGUGGGUUUACACACAAAUACACAACCCCCCGG